AUAUCCCUACUCCGUCUUCUUCUACCACUCAUUCAACCCAUAACUAAGCCCAUCCUCGAUCCUCAUCCUUUGGCUUCAUCAUUCCAUCAUGCCCGGCAGCGCAGAAACCCAAUCUAUAAGACUUGAAAGUAGCUCACUCCGUAUCACCUUGGGAUCUCUUUUGUGAUAUUCUCGCUCCAUCUACAGUGACCGGCGCAAAAAAUCUUCAAGUCCCUUCUGAGCGCAUACCCGCAGGCAUUUACGUGUCCAUUAAUGUCGACUCAAGGAGACGCUGGAAAUCAGCCAUCAGCGUCUUAUCAUCCGACGCAUCCGUAGCGUGGGGAGAUACCAUGACCCUUUCAUUUUACGAGUCACCUGCAUUAUCAAUGGAGAUUAGAGCGUCCUUUGAGCUCGAUCGAACGCUGGGCAAUGGUGAAAUCAUCGGAAGACUUCAACCAUCACGGGAUGAGUUACUCGAUCAUGGAGAUGAACCAUUCGAACUGUCCUUCCCACCCGUUCGUGGUGUCAAUCCUUCGCUCACGCUCAAGGCCACCGUUGUACAUGCUAGCGAUAAUCAGGACGGUGCACUACUUGACUCCCUCGUAGAUCGCGAGAUUGCUCGAGAAACAGAUGCGGGCCAUGUACAAUUCUCCAGAUACAUAAGACACGAGAAGGGGGUCUCUCACCUGAACGGUGCUGUAGAGCGUUUUCAGUUGGUUCUGGACCGCUGUCCGGUCGACCAUCCUGACCACGCAGCGGCUCUCACCAACCUCGCGUGGGCCCGCCUUCAAUGCUACAUUCAAAGCGAUCUCCAAGACAUAGAUACCACCACUUCCCUCUUCCGCGAAGCCCUUGCAUUGCGUCUGCAGGGCCAUCACAACCACACAUUAUCUCUCUUUCAUCUCAUUUUCGCAUUGAACAGGCGCUGCAGCAAGGAGCGCAUCGCCGUCUUCAUUCACGAAUCCCUGCAGUUGUGCUGCAAGCUACUGCCCCUCUGUCCAGAGGGCACCUACCUUCGUAGCAUCGGUGUUGACAGUGCGGUUGAUUAUGUGAUUGUCGAAUGCAACGAUCUUCCGAUUGAUGCGUCUGACGAAGGCAUCUACCUUCGACGAGUCGUGCUCGAGCUCUGCCCACUGGGCCAGAAAUACCGUCCCGGGGCCCUCGACAAACUGUCAUGGGCUCUCGUAACACGCUUUAGCCAGCGCGGCAGCUUUGAUGAUCUAGAUGAGAGCAUACAACUUGGUCAUGAAGCUAUUUCUCUGUGCCCCGAGGGACAUUCUGACCGUGGAAACGUGUGCCUCCAUCAUUUGUAGCAAUCGGACAGGGUCAACCGGGUGGAGGGAAUGGCAAGGCGCUCUUGGCUGUCGAUGGCGAGCUCGAGCUUAUCCAUAAGCUUGUCCUCUCGACGGCCAACCAUUCCACUGUUGC